ACUACAAUCUAUUCUACUCUCUUCCCAUCACUUCUUUGUCACACCCAUCUUUGAACAUAGAUAAACUAUUUCCUACACUUGUCAAGCUAUAUAUAUAUAAUCAUUCUCUCUUCUCUAUCUAAUCUUUUAGUACUUGCUACUUUUGCUACCACCUCUGUUUCAUAGCUGCCUCAGUCUCUUUCUUAAUUUCCCAAAACAUACUAAUUCAUGCAUUACACUGAUCUUGACAUACCAUCAAUGGCCCGUUCUUUCAACGUUGAAAACACCUCUGCUCGGCGAUUCAUAUGGGUGAACGGACCUGUCAUUGUUGGUGCAGGUCCAUCAGGUCUAGCUGUUGCUGCUGGCCUAAAACAAGAAGGUGCGCCGUUCGUAAUCCUUGAAAGAGCCAACUGCAUUGCGUCUCUGUGGCAAAACCAAACUUAUGACAGACUCAAGCUUCACCUCCCCAAACAAUUCUGUCAACUACCCUACUUCAAAUUCCCAGAUAAUUUCCCAGAAUACCCUACCAAAUAUCAGUUCAUUGACUAUCUUGAGUCGUAUGCAAAAAACUUUGGGAUAAACCCGAGAUUUAGUGAGUCUGUGCAGUCUGCCAAGUAUGAAGAAACUUGGGGUUUAUGGCAUGUCAGGACUGUUACGAGUAAUGGUUCCACUAGGGGUGAAGUUGAGUACAUUUGCCGAUGGCUUGUGGUGGCCACUGGAGAGAAUGCAGAGAAGGUGGUGCCGGAAUUUGAAGGCUUGGAAGACUUUGGUGGCCAUGUCAUGCAUGCUUGUGAUUACAAAUCUGGUGAGAGUUAUAAAGGCAAGCAUGUACUAGUAGUUGGCUGUGGCAAUUCAGGCAUGGAAGUCUCCCUCGAUCUUUGCCACCACAAUGCCUUUCCAUCAAUGGUGGUUCGAAGAUCGGUUCAUGUCUUGCCAAGGGAAGUUCUUGGAAAAUCGACGUUUGAUUUAGCAGUAUCAAUGAUGAAAUGGCUGCCCAUUUGGCUUGUUGAUAAAACAUUGUUGGUGAUUGCAAAGUUAAUUCUUGGAAAUACAGAGAAGUAUGGUCUGAAAAGGCCACCAAUUGGUCCUUUACAGCUGAAGAACACUGAAGGAAAGACCCCUGUCUUGGACAUUGGUGCCCUACAGAAAAUUAGAUCUGGUGAGAUCAAGGUAGUCCCAGGAAUCAAGAUAUUUUCGCGCGGCAGCGUCGAACUUGUGAAUGGUCAAAAUCUUGAGAUUAAUUCUGUGAUUUUAGCAACUGGGUAUACCAGCAAUGUACCUUCAUGGUUAGAGGAAAAUGAAUUCUUUGAUAGAAAUGGAUUCCCCAAAGCUCCAUUCCCAAAUGGGUGGAAAGGCAAACAUGGGCUCUAUGCAGUUGGGUUCACAAGAAGAGGUCUCUCUGGUGCAUCUUUAGAUGCCAUUAGAGUAGCAGAUGAAAUUGGCAAAAUCUGGAAAGAAGAAACAAAGCACAGAAAGCAUUCUGCUACUGUCACUUAAAGAUGCUUCUGCCCUUUUCUUCUUCUUCUUUUGAUAAUCUUCUUUGACAACAGAUAUGAU